AUGGCAUACAGCUCGGCCACCAUCGAGCCUGACCUGUCAGAUAUCGACUCAGUCUAUCCUGACUCGGUGAACGAUGCUAAUUGCACUACAAGUAUCACCUCCAGUGCUCUGAAUUACCAGUAUCAUUCAUACCACGAGGGGGAAUACCUUCUGCCCAACGAUGAACAGGAACAAGAUCGUCUCGAUUUGAGUCAUCACAUUUAUUUGAUGCUUUUAAAAGGGGAGCUCCAUCGGGCACCAGUCGAAAAUCCAGGAAGAGUGCUGGACCUUGGCACAGGGACGGGUAUAUGGGCAAUUGAUUUCGCAGAGGUACCGCCGAAUUGUAAAUUCGAAGUUGAUGACUUUGAACAGCCCUGGAACUACAACGCACCAUUUGACUACAUUCACGGCCGUGAGCUAGAAGGGGCAAUUCGGGAUCACAAACAAUUGUUUCAGCAAGCUUUUGACAACCUCAAACCAAAUGGAUGGUUCGAGAUGGCUACUUUUGAAGUCAACACUAUGUCAGAUGACGGCACGCAUCUCAAAUCGACCUAUCUUUUGAACAGCGUAAAGAACAUAUAUGCAUCAGCAAGGUCGUUUGGGAAGGCCAUGCAUUCUGUCCCUUCAUGGAGCGACUGGAUAAAGAAAGCGGGAUUUGUCAAUGUCCGGGAAGAGAUCUACAAACUCCCUCAAAGUCCUUGGUCAAAAGACCCUGAGUUCUUGGAGCUCGGUAAAUACCAUCAACUGAACAUGCUCGAGGCCAUGCCGUCAUACACAUACGCACUCUUCACACGCGUGCUCAGGUGGGAACGCGUUGAAAUCGAAGCCUUGCUGGCGGGUGUUCGACGCGAAUUGAGGGAUCUAUCCAAUCAUUUGUAUACAAGAGUGUACAUGAUAUACGGCCAAAGGCCUCCAUGA